CUUGAACUUGUAAAUUUGCCCAUUUUUAAUUUCUUUUGACAGAAAAAGGAGCGUUGAACUAGAAACAGCAGAAUCAGUGCAGUCACAUCGAUAUGGCAGCAGUGGUUGCUAAGGAAACUAAUUGGAGUUCAAAUAUAGGUUCCUGUUGCCAGGACUUAAACUCUUGCUGCUAUGCGUACUGGUGCUGUCCGUGUUUUGCCUGCACCACUACUAAAAUGUUUGGGGAGAGUAGAUGUCUGCCUCUGGUGGAUAUACUGGGACCUGCUUUCAUGGGUAGUUUCGGAAUUGCACUUUGCGUGCCACCUGUGACUUUGUCAUUGAGAGUGGCGAUGCGACACAAAUAUAACAUCAAGGGCAGUAUCUGCAACGAUAUCGUCGUGUCUUGCUGCUGUGUUAUGUGCUCAUGGUGUCAGAUGCACAGAGAAAUCAAAGCACGCAAUAAAAAGCCAGCAAACAUGGUAUUGAUCACACAACCACAGGUUCAACAAACAACCACCACAACACAAGUGAUCACUUCACAGCAGACGAUUGGAAUGGCGGCUCCAGUUAUCACCACAGUUGUAAAAUAGAAAGUCAUUCUCAGAUGUGCAUUACACCUAAAUGAUGAUGAUACGUAAUGAUGCUUUUAGAUCAAUUUUAUAAUAUCUAAUCUGCUUAAUCAGAAAAAGACAUAUAAAUUGCUUGGGUGAAUCUGAAUAGGAAAUGUCUUGGUAUUGUUUAAUCUUUGUGAUUUUUCUAUGAUUAAGAAGGUAAUCAGAAAUAUUCUAAUGAUUUAAUAUUCAAAUCUGAGUAAAUAUUAUAAUAGAAAUAACCUUUUUUUCUUAAAAUGUUCUUGAGGUUAUGUUUACAUAAAGAAUAUGUCUCAAACUGACCUUUCUUUUACAUUUUAACAGAUGUCAGUAUCUAAGUAAUAGUAAAGUAAAUUCAUGUUAAGAGUUUUGAAGUUUUAUUUUUUAGACUUGCAGUUAUUUCUUGCAAAUGCAAAUUCUUGCAAAGUUCAUAGGCAAUCUUGCCAAUUUUAAUAACUCAAAAGAGUGCAAUAUGAACUUUUAGACCUGACAAUCUGAACAAAACAGUCCAUGCCUCUGUCAGUUUAUGUCACAGUUUAAAAAAGUUCAAAAGGAGAAAUUGGGAGAGAUAUACUUUCAGAGUUUUAGGCCGUUUAAUUAACUGAAGUUAAGAUAGGAACUCUACUUUACAGAUUUGAAUCAUAAACUUAGAAAGAUCAGUUGUUAAAAUUUAAUUGGAGUCUUGUUUCUUAACAAUCUGUUUCUUUAACUGAUUGUUAAAUGCUGUGUUUACGUUUACU